AAUGGCGGAUAUCGGAGGAGAGGGGAAGACAUUAGAGUUCACGCCGUCGUGGGUUGUGGCUCUAGUUUGCUUCAGUAUUGUCCUGAUUUCUCUUGCUGUGGACAAAUUCCUGCUUUGCGCCGGCCAGCUUUUAGAGAAGUCCAAUGACCGGAUGCCGCUCGUCAGUGCCUUGCGGAAGAUCAAAGAAGAGUUGAUGCUGCUGGGGUUCAUAUCUCUACUGCUGGCGGUGUUCCAGACCAGAAUAGGGAAGAUUUGCAUUCCGGAGAGGCUCGCCAACGAGUGGCUUCCUUGCAAGAGGCGUGACUCUUCUUCCGCCACGGCCCGUUUCGCUGAUUUCUUCCCAUCUGCCGGAACACGAGGACGCCGCCUCCUCGCCGAGGCUUCUGCUUCAACCGAUUUCUGCAGUGAAAAGGGGAAGGUGCCAUUGCUGACUGCUGAAGCACUCCAUCACCUGGACAUCUUCUUAUUUGUGCUAGCCACCUUCCACGUGAUUCUCUGCGUGUUCAAGAUCCUGCUGGGAUACAAAAAGAUACACCAGUGGAGAGACGUAGCGGAUCUUGAGGUCCGGAAAGAAAAUUAUUACAAGCUGCAACAAGAAGUUCGACAGAAGCAAGUGCAACGAGGUUGUCUUGCUAGAACAGGCAAUAAAUGGAAAGCGCUUGGCUGGAUGGGUUCGUUUUUCAAGCAAUUUUAUCCUUCUGUGACCGAGUUCGAGUAUUCCGCGCUUCAUUUAAAUUAUAUGGCGCGUCAUUUGACUAGGAAGGGGGAAACUUUUCACAACUACAUAGUUGGUGCCGUGAAAAAGGAUUUUGAGAAAAUUGUUGGAAUCAGUUGGUACUUGUGGCUAUUCGCAGUGAUCUUUUUGCUCCUGAAUGUGGCUGGAUGGCACGCCCUCUUUUGGAUAUCUUUCAUUCCGUUGACCCUCUUGCUUAUCACCGGCACCAUACUGGAGCAUAUGAUAACGCGGCUCGCAGAAGGUGUCACGAGCUCUCUAGUGAUAGGCAAAGUGGACUCGGCUAAGGAGUUUUCGUCCUGCUAUGUCUGUUUCCUAAACCCUCGGUUCGUCCUCCUCUUGAUUCACUUCGUGCUGUUCGAGAACUCUUUGGAGCUCGCCUUCUUCUUCUUUAUAUUGUUCCAAUAUGAUUUUCACUCCUGCAUUAUGGGAAAGGUCCAUUUCGUGGCCCCAAGAAUUGCAAUAGGAGUGUUCGUGCAGUUCAUGUGCAUCUACAGAACAUUACCCUUAUACGCAAUUGUGAAAUCACAGAUCCCUUCGGAGGAGAAGCAAUCGGACGACGAAGAAAACGAAAUGUGUGUUGUUCUUGAGAGAAUUGAGGAGCAUCUGAAGGAGAACCGAUCGGAAGGAUGUAGAGAAGAGUCUCUUGCUGAUCUUGAUAAAAUUAAGAGACGUUUGAAGGAGAAUGAAAUGGACAAAGAGAAAGAAAUGUGGAUCGUGACCUGGAUUUCAGAGCGGAUCAAGGAAAUUUCGAAGUGGAUUGAGAAAAUUUCAAAGUGGAUCGAUGAAGUUAGGAACCGAAGCAAGGAGACAAGAUCGAAAAGGGUGGCCGCAAAAAACGAACCGAUACAAACGGGUUCGAGAGAGGGACCAAAUGGAUUGGUGUGA